AUGGAUGUGGUGGGGGAAAACGAGGCCUUGCAGCAGUUCUUUGAAGGGCAAGAUGUACAUGGAGCCUUGGAGAACCCUGCGGUAGACACAACUAUGCUGGAAGAGUUCAUCAGUAGUGACUUCGAGUUUGGAGCCUUGCAGGGCCAGCUGCCGGACUCCCCGCCGGACUCGGGCUCGGAGCCGUGCUCGCCGCCGCAGCUCAAGACCCCGCGGUGCGACGCGCCGUGGCCCUCGCCGCCGCAGCUGCCGCCCGCGUUCCCCUCCGCUGGGACACCCGCCGUGGCGGCCUGCAAGUUCCCGGAGACCUUCCCGGAGGCCGGAGCCAGCGGGCAGCCYGGCGGCGGCCUCCCCCAGGGCUGCUGCCUGAAGAUGGAGGCCGCGGCGGCGCCUUGGAAUAGCUCCGUGUCCGGCGGCAGCCUGAGUUGCAGUUACUCCUAUUUUCAGCCAAACGUGCCUCAGGCUUCUGGUAUUUCUACAGCAUCAACAAAAAAAAGGAAAUUCUCACAGUUACUGGGAGAUGUCACUGAUUCUCCAGUAUGGAGCAACAACUCCAGGCAAGCAACGGUUAAGGACUGUGCUCCUGAAGUGCAAGAAUAUGACAGUGAUGGACAGAACGUGGCUCUGGACAAAUGCUGCCAGGCUCUAACGUGGCGACCCUAUCAAACUUCUCAGUGGAACAACUUACUUAACUCCAAUUACGAAAAACUACCUGCCAUAGUUUAUCACAUUGCCACAGACAAAGGAUUUAAUUUUUCAAUAACAGAUGAUGCCUUUGUGUGCCAGAAGAAGAACCACUUCCAGAUCACAGUCCAUAUUGGAAUCCCUGGACAUCCAAAAUAUGUCAAAACUCUGCUGGGGUUGAAACCAAUAGAAAAGUUUUACUUGAAAGCUUUUGGGAUAAAGGUGGAAGCCCCAAGUCAAACAAUAGCUAUUGAGCAGUCUCAGUCGGAUCGAAGCAAAAAAACUUUCCAUCCUGUUAAAAUUGACCUGCCAGAGGACCAGAUAAUUAAAGUAACACUGGGAAGGUUGCAUUUUAGUGAAACAACAGCAAAUAAUAUGCGAAAAAAAGGGAAACCUAAUCCUGACCAAAGAUAUUUCAUGCUGGUGGUUGGACUGUAUGCACUCUCCCAGGACCAAUUCUACUUACUGUCUGCACACGUUUCUGAAAGGAUCAUUGUGAGGGCAUCUAACCCGGGGCAAUUUGAGAAUGACAGUGAUGUGCUGUGGCAACGAGGACACGUUCCAGACACGAUGGUCUAUCAUGGUCGAGUGGGGAUUAACACAGAUGCACCAGACGAAGCGCUGGUUGUCUGUGGAAACGCCAAAGUUAUGGGCAGGCUCAUGCAUCCCUCCGACAGCCGAGCCAAAGAGAAUAUCCGAGAGGUUGAUACAAAUGAGCAGCUGAGAAGAAUAGCACAAAUUAAACUGGUGGAGUAUGACUACAAGCCUGAGUUUGCCUCUGUUAUGGGAAUAAACAAUACCCGUGAAACAGGAAUCAUAGCUCAGGAAGUGAAGGAGCUUCUACCUCAAGCCGUUACAGAAGCUGGAGAUGUUGUUUGUGAUGAUGGAGAAAAAAUAGAAAACUUCCUCAUGGUUGAUAAGGAUCAGAUCUUUAUGGAGAACGUUGGCGCAGUAAAGCAGCUGUGUAAGCUGACCAACAACCUUGAAAUCAGAAUAGAAGAGCUGGAACAGUGGAAUAGAAAACUGGCCACGCUGAAACGGUUGAGCAGUUUAAAGUCAACACUCAGUGAGAAGAGCACAGUCAGUCGGUAUAGCCGAGCUACUAGUCUGUUGCCAUCAAGAAAGUCAGUCCCACUGAAAUCCAGCAAGGUUUGUUUCUCAAAAAGAGGGUCUUGCUCCAAGAAGAUUUUCCAAAUGACUAUAAUAGCUUUAAUUGCUAUUAUGGCACUGUGUGCUUUGACAAUAUCAACUCUUUAUGUACUUAGCAUUCACCAAAGACUUCUGGAAAAACAGCCCAAUUCCAGCAGUACUUCAAGCUCUGCUACACUCUUCCCUUCUACUACUAUAGCAGCUUUGCAGGAGAAGAGCACAGUUUCUCAGAGCACUCUACCUGAUGGGAUCGCUGGGAUCCCAUCAGUGAAUUUCUGUGACAUUUUGCCAUGUGACAGCAUCUACUGUUGUCCCAUUCAUCAAUUCAAAAGCAAAUCUCUAAGUUAUGAGCAAACAAACAUGGAGGAGAAAGGAAACCCAAGUAGCCUGUUAUCUGAAAGUAAGUCAAUCAAAAAUCGUAACAGAAGGUUUGAUCUUGGAGACGACUGGAUUGAUACAACAGUCAGUUCCAUACAGAUUUUGGAAACUCAGCAAGGCAUUGACAGCCGCUAUUGUAGUAAAAAUCUACAGUGCGGGUCUGGAAAUUACAGCUACGCUAUUCCCAUUGACAAAUACACACCCACGAAUGUAGAAAUCACUCUGGAAAUCAACACCACAGAAGCAUUAAUUGUAUACAUGUGCAAAUUCACAUUUGGAAAUUAUUGUCCCUAUCAUGUGUCAAGCAAAAGCAGUGGGGCUAUUUUCCAAGAAACCACACAGGGCUAUCAGCAUGUUUGGAUCCUGCCCGUAGCUCGGUUGUACGACAGUGCGUACUAUUUCCGUGUAGCUGCCCCGGAUCUUGCGGACUGCUCGACAGACCCCCAUUAYGCUGGAGUGUUUUUUACUGAUUACUACUUCUAUUUUUAUCGACACUGUGAAUAA